GUAGCAUGGUCCAAAUUCCUUUCUUUUUGCGGCAGCACGAGUGUUGGCGUGCGAUCUUGUUAGAAUCGGAAGAAGGAAGCCCUGAAAGGGGAAACACUUCUCCCUUUCUCCGACCAUGUCUCGCAAGGGACGGAAACUCACCAACGGCGCUGCGGUUCGGGACAGCUACCCGUAUCUGGACUUCCCCAAACCCACUGCAGAAGAUUGCCGAUCUGUGCGGGAUGACCUCUUGGCCGUCCAUGGAUUUCCCAAAGACUUUCUCAGCUAUCGCAAUCGAAGGCUACUCCUGAACCAGAAACUCCCCAGUCUUGACCUGAACCUCUCCAAUUCCGAGCAAUCCGGUGAAGAAGGCAACGAUGGCGGCCAUGAAAGCAUACUGGAUGGUUUAGUGGGUGCCAUUUUAUCGCAGAACACCACGGAAGUUAACUCUCGUAGGGCUUUCGCCUCUCUCAAGUCUUCUUUCCCCACCUGGGAAGAUGUUCAUGCUGCUAAGUCGAAGUUAGUCGAAGAAGCUAUAAAAUGUGGGGGCCUUGCACCGAGCAAAACUGCAUGCAUUAAGGACAUCUUGAGUUGGUUGCUUGAGAAAAAAGGGAAGAUUUGCCUGGAAUACCUUAGGGAUAUGUCUAUUGACGAAAUUAAGAGAGAGCUUUCAUAUUUUGGUGGAGUUGGACCGAAAACGGUGGCUUGCGUGCUGAUGUUUCAUCUACAGAAAGAUGAUUUUCCAGUAGACACACACGUUUUUCAGAUUGCAAAGACGGUUGGUUGGGUUCCGGCAGAGGCAAAUGUAAGAAAAACUUAUCUCCAUCUCAAUCAACGAAUCCCAAACGAACUGAAAUUUGACCUGAACUGUCUACUGUACACCCACGGCAAGGCCUGUCGGCAGUGCUCAAGGAAAGGGCCCGAAAAAACAAAAAAUGAAUCCAACCACGUCACCACCCCUUGCCCUUUGCUGAAAUAUGCGUCUAGCUCAGAAUAGUUUAGUGGUUGCGUAGAAUUAUGUUCUGUUGUUGUCAUGUGCAUAUAGACUUCCAUAGUAGUUUGAAUGGUGCUAAAUUAUCGAAGCUAAUGCCAAACAUAGCCACGGCCUAACCCAAAUUGGGAGGCAAUUUGGCAGUGUCAAGACGAGGAAAAUGUUGAAAAUUACAACUAGGCACGGCGUGCACGUUUUGAAUUACCUUAACAACAUCAGUC